AGCUUCUGAUGCUCGCGCUAUCAGUGCCGCGUAUCCUACACAGUCAUUGGCGCUUCUUUCGGCGGCGGAGUGCUGCACCUUGCAGUACCACGGAGGAAGACCGAAUUAAAAAAAAAAAACAACAAAACACAAUUAAGCAGCACAGCUCCUAGUUAGUUCAUCGGUUUCACUGCGACUGCUGGCAGUGGUGGGCGAGAGAAGCACUCCCAUCCUUGUGGCUCCGCUGCCUCAUAUUAUAAUAAAACACACAGAUUGUGUUUUUAAAGCCUCUCAAUAGUUUCACCAUUUUACGGAGUCAUUCUCUACGAAUCGAGAUAGCCGUUCAUCAGCCGAAGAAAACCGACUGACAUCGGUACAAUGGGGUAUGGUAGAUCAGACAGCUACCGUGUUGCCACCACACAGGAUGGUGACGACAAAGACUCUCCGAAGAAAAAGGCGAAGACCAAGGACUUAGAUGACCUGAAGAAGGAAGUUCCACUGACAGAGCACAAGAUGUCUGUAGAGGAAGUGUGCCGGAAAUACAACACAGACAUUGUCCAGGGCCUGACCAAUGCCAGAGCAGCAGAAUACCUUGCCCGAGAUGGACCAAACGCUCUUACACCACCCCCCACCACCCCAGAAUGGGUCAAGUUCUGCCGCCAACUGUUCGGAGGCUUCUCCAUUCUGCUGUGGACAGGAGCCAUUCUCUGCUUUUUGGCCUAUGCCAUCCAGGCUGCCACGGAGGAUGAGCCUUCUGGGGACAAUCUCUACCUGGGAAUUGUGCUGUCUGCUGUUGUCAUUAUCACCGGCUGCUUCUCAUACUUCCAAGAAGCAAAGAGCUCCAAAAUCAUGGAGUCUUUUAAGAACAUGGUACCCCAGCAAGCUCUGGUGAUCCGUGAGGGAGAAAAGAUGCAGAUCAAUGCUGAGGAAGUGGUAGCAGGAGAUCUGGUGGAAGUGAAAGGAGGAGACCGGAUUCCUGCUGAUCUCCGCAUUGUCUCCUCUCACGGCUGCAAGGUGGACAAUUCCUCUCUGACUGGUGAAUCGGAGCCUCAGACCCGAUCGCCUGACUGUACCCAUGACAACCCUCUGGAGACACGCAACAUUGCCUUCUUCUCUACAAACUGUGUAGAAGGGACUGCCCGUGGUAUUGUCGUCUGCACUGGUGACCGCACAGUGAUGGGCAGGAUUGCUACCCUGACCUCAGGCCUAGAGACUGGCAAAACCCCGAUUGCAAAGGAGAUAGAGCACUUCAUCCACCUGAUCACGGGUGUGGCUGUCUUCCUCGGAGUCACCUUCUUCAUCCUUUCCAUAGUUCUGGGCUACACCUGGCUGGAAGCCGUUAUCUUUCUUAUUGGCAUCAUUGUUGCCAAUGUGCCUGAAGGCUUGCUGGCUACUGUCACUGUGUGCCUGACCCUCACUGCUAAGCGCAUGGCCCGCAAAAACUGCCUUGUGAAAAACCUGGAGGCUGUAGAGACCCUGGGCUCCACCUCUACAAUCUGUUCUGACAAGACAGGGACUCUGACUCAGAACCGUAUGACUGUGGCCCACAUGUGGUUUGACAACCAAAUCCAUGAGGCUGACACAACUGAGGACCAGUCUGGAACUUCAUUUGACAAGAGCUCUGUCACAUGGGUGUCCCUGGCACGGAUUGCUGCACUCUGCAACCGGGCUGUGUUCAAGGCAGGGCAAGAGUCACUGCCUAUCCUGAAACGAGAGGUAGCAGGUGAUGCGUCUGAGUCAGCCCUGCUCAAGUGCAUUGAGCUAUCCUGUGGCUCUGUUAAAGCAAUGAGGGACAAGUACAAGAAAGUGGCCGAGAUCCCCUUCAAUUCAACCAAUAAAUACCAGCUUUCUGUGCAUGAAACGGAAGAUCCCAAUGACGGCCGCUACCUGCUUGUGAUGAAGGGCGCUCCUGAGCGCAUUCUGGAUCGCUGCACUACCAUACUCCUGCAGGGCAAGGAGCAACCCAUGGACGAGGAAAUGAGGGAAGCUUUUCAGAACGCUUAUCUCGAGCUGGGAGGCCUGGGAGAAAGAGUGCUGGGUUUUUGCCAUCUUCUUUUGCCUGAGGACAAGUAUCCCAAGGGCUUUGCCUUCGAUUGCGAUGACGUGAAUUUUCAAACCGACAACCUGUGCUUUGUGGGUCUGAUGUCUAUGAUCGACCCUCCGCGUGCGGCGGUUCCUGAUGCUGUGGGCAAGUGCCGAUCUGCUGGCAUCAAAGUCAUCAUGGUAACUGGGGACCACCCCAUCACUGCCAAAGCCAUUGCCAAGGGGGUCGGCAUUAUUUCUGAGGGAAAUGAGACUGUAGAAGACAUUGCUGCUCGACUCAACAUUCCAGUCAGCCAGGUCAAUCCCAGGGAUGCCAAGGCUUGUGUGAUCCAUGGGACAGACUUGAAGGACCUCACUCAGGAGCAAAUGGAUGAGGUGCUACGAAACCAUACAGAGAUCGUCUUUGCCAGGACCUCUCCUCAGCAGAAGCUUAUCAUUGUGGAGGGAUGCCAGAGACAGGGUGCUAUUGUGGCUGUGACCGGCGAUGGGGUGAAUGACUCUCCAGCCCUGAAGAAGGCUGAUAUUGGCGUUGCUAUGGGAAUUUCUGGUUCUGAUGUGUCCAAACAGGCAGCUGAUAUGAUUCUGCUGGAUGACAACUUUGCUUCUAUUGUCACUGGAGUGGAAGAAGGUCGCCUCAUUUUUGACAACCUGAAGAAGUCCAUUGCCUAUACACUGACUAGCAACAUUCCAGAGAUCACACCCUUCCUCUUCUUCAUCAUGGUCAACAUCCCUCUGCCACUGGGAACCAUCACCAUCUUGUGUAUUGAUCUGGGCACUGACAUGGUACCAGCCAUCUCACUGGCCUAUGAGGCAGCAGAGAGUGACAUCAUGAAGAGGCAGCCCAGGAACCCAAGAGUGGACAAGCUGGUGAAUGAAAGGCUGAUCAGCAUUGCCUACGGACAGAUUGGUAUGAUCCAAGCUUUGGGGGGGUUUUUCAGCUACUUUGUCAUCCUGGCUGAGAAUGGAUUCCUGCCCUCUCUGUUAGUGGGCAUCCGCCUUAAAUGGGAUGAUCGCUCCAUGAAUGACCUGGAAGAUAGCUAUGGCCAGCAGUGGACCUACGAGCAGCGGAAAAUUGUGGAAUUUACUUGCCACACAGCCUUCUUUGUCAGCAUUGUGGUGGUACAAUGGGCUGAUGUUAUUAUCUGCAAGACCCGACGUAAUUCUGUCUUCCAGCAAGGAAUGAAAAAUAAGAUCCUGAUAUUUGGACUGUUUGAAGAGACGGCCCUUGCUGCCUUCCUCUCCUACUGUCCAGGCAUGGAUGUGGCCCUUAGGAUGUACCCACUCAAGCCGCUUUGGUGGUUCUGCGCAUUCCCCUAUAGUUUCCUCAUCUUUGUUUAUGAUGAAAUCCGCAAACUCCUUCUGCGCAGACACCCUGGAGGUUGGGUGGAGAAGGAAACGUACUAUUAAAUGAUCAAGCCUGUAUUUAUUCAGUCCCCCCUUCCUCCCUCUCUCACCUCCCCUCAGCCCCUCUCAACAUUCAUUUAAAAUUCCACACAUAUCAAUGACGUUACUGCCCUCUGUGCGAUGUGGGAGAGGAAGAGAGAAACAGAACCAUGGACGAGUAAACUUCUCAUAUUGCCCAUGUGUCUCUUUAUACCUACAAUUACAGCAAAUUCCUCCUGCCAGUACAGUGCAAUGUUUACAUUCCAUUAUGGCAUUGUUCCUCUGUGCUAUUCCAUUGUUGUGCACAUGAAUAAAGCUGUAAUUACUAUAUGUACGAAUGGCAGCUGCAUAGUGGUCCUGUAGACUGGCAGGGUCAUGACGUGUUGUAAAAGCCUCAAUUUUGUGAAAAUAGCACUUCUCUACUGCCUCUUUUUCUGCUCCUCUCCAUCUCUACCUUUCCUUUAUCCUGUUUCACUAAUUUCAUUACCUGAUAUGCCAUGCAGAACUACCCCUGUCUGAAUUUCAUUCCACAUUAAAACCCAGUGGACUCAUUUUCUCUUUCUGAAGGGUGUUCUUUAAUCCCUUCAUGGUAUCUCUUUUCUAAUCUGUUUGGUUGUAGUGCUGUUGUUUUUAGAGUGAGGUUGAGUGGUUUUUAAAAUGUAUCCCUAUUGCUUUUGCUGGGGAGGGUAAAAAGCUGCUUCCCUUGUCUGGGCCUAAAAAGGCUCACUCCCUCCAUUUCACUGUCACUUCCUCUUGCUCUGUGGGUUGGUCUCUGUCUGUCUCUUUGUGUGCAUUGUUCUUGCUAACUUCCUCACCCAUCAAAAUAACCUUCUGUAUUCUAGGUAAAAAAUUCAAUUAAAAGAAAAAAUGAAAGUAACUUACAAAGGAAAACAAACAAAGGCUCUUUUCUGUAGGUUUCAAUUUGGUAUUUUUUUUAUUUACUUUUUGUGAGGCUUGAAAACUGGCAUUGUGAAAAUAGCUGAGUACAUCAGGAAAAUGAAUAUGUAUAAAGUAUGCCCCAGUAACAUGCAGAAGUACCACCAUGGGAUUAGUAUUGACUCGGGCAUUGAACCAGAAAGCUGGCAAUGUUGUAAUAAA